AAGCCACUUGAGAUCUUAACUCGUAACAGAGCACAGUUCUAACUUUAAAUCUAGUUAUUUAUUUAUUAUAUUUAUUCUUUUGUUUUAACUUUGUUGUUUAAAAUUUAAAUAUGAAAUUCUUUUGGUGUUUGACUAUUGUUGUUUUGGCUUCUGCCUACUUGGCCAGUGCCCGCAAUGUUAACCGCGCUAAUGUUGAUACCGAAUCUUUUGGCCGUUCUCACAAACAGGCUCGUGUGUUCCCCGGUGCCGUGGCCAUUAAGAAAUUGGUUUUGUUGAAAUUCAAGAAAAUCGUACCCAUCUCUUUGAUCUUGCUCAAGUCUAGCAACGAAAACGAAGCUGAAUUAGUGCCUGUCUACCCCACCUCCGAAAUUCCCUCCGAUGUUCAAUUCAUUCCCACCCCCAACGGCAUCUCCGGCCACAAGGAUGUCCAAGCCAUUGCUGUGCCCAACGAAUUCCACCAACAAUUGGAACUCCACGGUUUGACCAACUUGGAAGGCAUUGAAUCCUUGUUGAAUCAAGCUGAACAAAACGAAAAUGGUGAAAGUACAUUGACUGUUGCCGAACCCACUGAAAAGGAAGAUGAACUCUUGAAUCUUAAAGAAGAAGAUGAAGAUCAAUUGUUGGAAAAUGCUUCUGCUGAUAAACCCGCCAAAAAGUCUGGCAACUCUACCAGACGUUUGUCCCUCGAAAAUGCUAAAUCUUCUUUGAAGACUCAAACCUCCGUUGAAGAAAUCCCCAUUUACUUGUACUCCACCAACGAUAAUGCUCAUGUCAUUAAGCAUCAAAUCGGUGCCCGUCGUUACCAAAAGUCUUAA